UUUAGAGGACAAGCCCGUAGCUAUUUCUCCAAGUAAAAGAGGCCCAUACCAUAUGGCCAGCAAACAGGUACAAAAUUGUACACCCGGUUCCAUUCACCACAUCUGCCUAGAAAGUGUAACGAGAAGCCUUAUUAGCCUAAACCAUCCUGAAAAAAUUCGAUCAGGAAUCAAAACCUUAUCCUCUUAAACGCCAACCACAUCCUUUGUUUGCACUCAAAAGGGCUCCUAAGAUUUCAUCAACCAGAGCAGAACAUGGCAACACUUCAAUUUACAACAUCUCCUUCCUUCAAUCUCAUUAAACCAAGAAAUCAUGCCAAUGUUCCUGCUUUGCAAUUGCACGGCCUCUGGUCAAGGCCAAGGUUGAAUCGCCACCUGUCGUGCACUGCCAGGUCUUACAAAGUUUCAAUUGAGCAUGAAGGUAAAACAACUGAGCUAGAGGUUGAACCUGAUGAGACAAUUCUAUCCAAGGCAUUGGAUAAUGGCUUGCCUGUGCCACAUGACUGCAAGCUUGGGGUGUGCAUGACUUGCCCAGCUCAACUUCUCAGUGGAACAGUUGAUCAAAGUGAAGGAAUGCUCAGCGAUGAUGUUGUGGAGCGUGGAUAUGCAUUACUCUGUGCAUCUUAUCCAAGAUCAGAUUGUAAAAUUCGGACUAUACCGGAGGAAGAGUUGCUCUCUCUGCAGCUAGCAACAGCCAAUGACUAAAGCUCACGUCCGAUACCUGUUCCAUUUUCGAGUGUUAGUGUAGAACGAGAAUUUUUUGCUGCUACAAUUUGGUACUGACAAAAGUCUUUCUUUCUUCGUGGUCUCAUUCCUGUCUCCUGUUUAAAUCUACUGCAAAGAUUGAGUUAUGGUAAUCUACCAUACUGUUGGGCAUAAGAAUGUAAAGUACUGAUUUGCUGAAUGACCGAUAUAUAAAUCAUCUGAUAGUAUAAUUACGGGGUUAUGUUCAACGCAUUUCUUGGAAGCAUGAUGUUCUGAAGUUUUCACUGAAACAGGGAGAAAGAAAGCCGGAUCUUCUGGAGCUGACACUUGCCUACAGCAGUUAUGCAUUGUUAAUUAUAAAAAUUCAGAGACACGUCUAAAUAAAAGGGGGUUCAUUCCAAAUGAGCUCUGCUCAAAAGUAAUUAGGACAGGUAUAUUGAUUACCUUUUCUUUUCCAAAGGACAAUAAUUAUCACGAAAAUAAAACGUUGUCUAAAAGCAUCAAUUGCAAGUAAAAGGAGAAUAGCAUGAACCCGCACUACAUUGUUAUUACAGCUCC